UUUCUACCUAUUACAAUGUCUCAAAUCUCAUAUCUCAUAUAAUCAUGACACCUUGAUCUUUUUUGCAAUGGCACUUCAAACAACCACGCAUGGAUCAAACCAUUCAGCAGGGCACAACAUAUCCCCAGUAAUUGACUAUGCAAAGCUGAGAGACUUGUGCAGAAUUACUCAACUUAAUGAAAGUUGCAUUUCUACUGAAGAGGCCCAUAAAAAAUUCAUGAAUUCUUACAAAAGAAUAUUCUUGCGCCCUCAGACAUCUUCACAGAGAGCACACUGUAAGAGCAGAAUACAAUCUCCAGUGAGGCUGAGAGUACCGGAGUCCAUUCAGGAGGUCAUCAGACAUCAGCCACAUGGAAAACUGGCCCAGGAGUCACUCAUGAAUCAUGUUAUCAAAGCCCUUAAGAAACUCCCUGUUGAGAGAUCCCAGGCUGAGCAUCAUGUCAUUUAUAAACUGCUGAAGGGAAUCGACAGUCUGACCUUUCAACUGAGCCCGCAGGAGCUAAAACAGAUCAGUACCAUCGCCACCAUUGAGACCUGGGAUCGAGGACAGAUCAUUUUUGGACAUAAUAGAUUUUACAUUGUUCUGAAGGGUUCAGUGAAACCAUACAACCAUGAGACCCUUAAAGAAGAUCAGAGUGUAUCUAUGAUUACCGUUGGAGGUUUCUUUGGGUCCUUUGGCCCUAUAAAUGCUGUAGAUGGUGGUGCCAUCGUCCAGUGUGUCCUAACUCUUGAGAGUUGCAAGAUUCUCAAAAUAUCUGGCACUGGCUAUGAGAAGCUGAAAAAGGACAUCUUGGCACAGGAUCAUGCCUUUAAAGUGUCUUUGAUCCAGGCUUGCCAGCUUUACCUUCAUUGGCAUAAGUUCUCCAUUAACCAACUAGCCGAUGCCAUGCACCUAAAAACAUUUCCUGCUAAUCAAGUGCUGGUGAAGGAGGGGGAGAUUUGUCCAUUUGUGGUCUUCAUUGGACGUGGAGAAUGUAACAUCCUUCAGGACGUGGGUUUGCUUAAGAAACCCAUGGGUAGAAAGAGCUGCAAAAUACAAUUUGUGGUGGUUGGUAAACUGGGUCCAAAGCAGUCGUUCGGAGAGGUCAGCAUCCUAUUGCACCAGCCUUCCCCCUGUACUGUUAUCACUGCUACUGAAGUUCAUGGUGGAAUCAUCCAACCAGAAGCUCUUAAAGAGCUGGACCAAGUGACCACCUCUCUUCUACUGCAGACAGCUCAACCCAUAUGUGGAAAGCUCAGUGAGGAGGAAGUCAUGAAGGAGUUCCUGACACAGGAGAGGAUGAAGAAAUGGGAACAUGAGAAGAGAAAGAUACUUUCUGAUGCUCUGUUUCAUAAUGGUGUUCACCCCGGAAGUGGCAAAUGGACGUAUAACAGAGGUCCAAGAAGAGUGUUGAGACUUCUCAAGACCACAUACUCUAGUCAACAUAGCCUUGGUUUGGGUCUCAAAACUUAAUGGAUCUAGACUGCUGCCUAUUUCAAUUCCAGUAAAGCUGAUAAUUACCUCAACCACCAGCUCUAUCCUUACCAGUUCCAAGACUCUCAACGGCUACUUGGCCACUUUAUAAAAUGUCUCUCUCUGUUUCAGUUUAUUAAACUGGACAGCCGGGUUCCUGGACCAAAAGGUCUGGGUCUUGGAGUGUCUGGUCUUGACUCCAGCUAUGAUCCAAACAUUUCUACUGCCUUAAUCUAGAGGAAAACCAGGACUCUGAAUCCAAGUGAAUUCAGUGUCCAAAUUUAUAUCUCCAGUAUUUGCUGGAAAUGAAGAUUUGGAGCCCAUACUCCGCACUUUAGAGACACAGAUACAGAGAGACAAGACACUGAACCCCAAGUUGCUCCCAAUCUGCUGUCAUUGGUGUAUGAGUGUUUGUGUGAAUGGGUGAUUGGGACACAGUGUAUAGCGCUUUGGUAACCUCUAAGGUUAAAAAAAGCGCUAUGUAAGUGCAGACCAUUUACCAUUUAAGCAUCUAUUUUCAUCUGCAGAAAAAUCUGAAUUUUAAGAGUAUCUACUUUCAAAUAUUUCAGUUUUGACAAUGCACAGUUUUUCCUCAAUGCUUAUGUGAACCACAGGGAUUUUGUACCAUUUACCCAAAAAAUAUGCAAACAUAAGGUUGCAAUUAAAUCCACUUUUGAUUGACGAAAUGAGAGCCCAGGUGCUUCUGCUCAGCACAGCCAAGGAAUCAAACCAGUGGGUGGCCACCGAUCCACAAAGACCCAAUCACUUCACCUACAAAUCCACAAAGAUCCAGCCAUCCCUCAAUAACACUGGCAAUAAUUCCUAACUGUUUUGUUCUUCGCCAUCUCUGUAACCUUUCAAAUGAGGCUUUGUGCUCUUUUGUCACAAAUUCUUACAUCACAGACCCCCAGUGACAAAAGAGCAAAUAAGCCCCUGUCAGUUGCUAUUCAGACAAUUGCAAUUUACUCAAGCAUGUGUGUGUGUGCACAUGUUUCAUAAUGUGUGUGUUUUUAUGCAUAACAAUACACUGCUGACUAUCAAAAUCGACUUAUUUAAAUAA